CUUUAGCUAUCACUUUUAGGUAGAUUAAAUACUACCUCCUACGACCGACUUUUAUGUCAUCUUUAAACUAUACUCACUCAGCAACUUUUUUAUUAAACCCCUAUAAUCUAUUAAUUAGCUAAUGCAAGACACAAAUCCUACUACGGCUACGAUCUCAAACCCCUAGAUCCCAUCACGGGAACAUGGUGCGCUAUGCCUUCUUAUUUAGGUAGUCCCUUUUUGUGAUUAUACUACUGUGUGAUCUUCACGGCUAUCUGCUUUAGUCCAGGAACCCCCGGCGACUGCUCCAAAUCGUGAGCUAUUGUCUCGGCCAAUCGUCUAGCCCACGACCCAACGGGGAUGACCUAGCUUUUUCGGCGAGACAUUCAAAUAGCGUUCCCCUGAUUCGCUUAUCCAACACCGCAUGAGGCCGCUGAGGGUAGGAUAUUAUUUUGCAUCUGAUAGCGCACGUGGGACUGGAUUCGUCAGCCUUCUAGGUAUGUUAUAAUGAGGGUAUUAUAAAUACGUCGAUCCUUCUUGGGUCGACGAGAUAAUGAGGAUGUAAGUGCAAGCCACGGUACCUCCGUCAAUCCAAAGUCAAAUUUCACGGUGGGAGACUAGAUUAGCGAGUGCAAUGGUGAGUCCAUUCGCGUUCGUGAAGAGACUGCCGCUCUUCGCUGGCUGUGUCAUUGCUGCAGCCAGCUAUCCGGCGAUUCCUGUGGACUUGACCACUCCGGUUCACCAGCGCCUUGCCAUAAAUGGCCCCAAUGCCAUCUCCGUCGGCUGGAACACAUACCAAAAGCUGAACCAAUCCUGUGUCCAGUAUGGCACCUCGUGCGAAUCGCUGACUUCGGAGGUCUGCUCGACCUCCUCGGUGACCUAUGAGACGUCGCGAACGUAUUCAAACGCUGUCACGCUUACUGGUCUUGCGCCGGCCACCACAUACUACUACAAGAUAGUAUCGACGAACUCUACCGUCGAGCAUUUCUUCAGCCCGCGAGUAGCAGGCGACAAGACCCCUUUUGCUAUGAACGCCGUGAUAGACAUGGGAGUCUACGGGGCCGACGGGUACACCAUUGAGAUGGACGAGACCAAGCGGGAUCUUAUCCCCACCAUCGACCCAUCCCUGAACCACACGACCAUCAACCAGCUCGCCAACACCGUGGACGACUACGAGUUCAUCGUGCACCCCGGCGACUUCGCCUACGCCGACGACUGGUACCUGAAGCCGAAGAACGUGCUCGACGGCGAGGACGCCUUCCAGGCGAUCCUCGAGCAGUUCUACAACCAGCUGCAGCCCAUCUCCAGCCGCAAGGCGUACAUGGCCAGCCCGGGCAACCACGAGGCCGCGUGCCAGGAGAUCCCUUACACCACGGGCCUGUGUCCCGCGGGGCAAAAAAACUUCACCGACUUCAUGAUCCGCUUCGGCGAGACGAUGGGCAGCGCCUUCCCCUCGACCUCGGCCGCCUCUGCCGCGCGCAUCAGCGCCAACAAGGCGCAGCUGCUCGCCAAGCCCCCCUUCUGGUACUCGUUCGAGUACGGCAUGAUCCACUUCGUCAUGUUCAACACCGAGACCGACUUCGCCGACGCCCCCGACGGCCCCGACGGCCCCGACGGCUCCGCGGGCCUCGACGCCGGGCCUUUCGGCUGGCCCGACCAGCAGCUGCAGUUCCUGGAGGCGGACCUCGCGUCCGUCGACCGCAGCGUCACGCCGUGGCUGGUCACGGGCGGGCACAGGCCGUGGUACUCGACGGGCGGCGAGGGCUGCGCGCCGUGCCGGGCCGCGUUCGAGCCGCUGCUGUACAAGUACGGCGUCGACCUCGCCAUCUUCGGGCACGUGCACAACUCGCAGCGCUUCGUGCCCGUGUACAACGACACCGCCGACCCGAAGGGCAUGGACGAUCCGAAGGCGCCGAUGUACAUCGUCGCGGGCGGCGCGGGGAACAUCGAGGGCCUGAGCGCGGUGGGCACCAAUGUCUCGUACAAUGCGUUCGCGUACGCGGACGACUUCAGCUAUGCGAAGAUUAGCUUCCUGGACGAGAAGAACAUGCAGGUGGACUUCAUAAGGUCGGCGACGGGCGAGGUGCUGGAUUCGUCGGUGCUGCACAAGGAGCACGCGGAGCAGUUUGUUGUGCAGUGAAGGGACGCGCGGUUGUUUAGUUUCAGUAUAUGUUGCAGGGUGAACUGCAACCAAACGGAAAGGAAGAAGGACUGGAGAAAGCCUGGGUUAUCCCAGACUACGAUGGCGGAGUGCCAAUAUCUAGGUAUGGUAGGCCUAGUGGA